UUUCUUUAGUUUCUUGUAGUUGUAGACUUGUGGGUUUUGUCCCUAGUUUCUUGGUAGUGUGUCACGCUUUUUUCUCUACCAAACUGUGAAAGCAUGUGACAACUAUUAUGAUUAUUCUGAGCUUUUGUCUGGUUUUAUGAUAGAAGUUUUCGUUUUGUGUUAGGUUUCCCUUCCUCUUUUGGUGGAGAAUUAUUUCAAUUUUGUGUGUAAACAAUCUCUUGUUGUUUUGUGUAGUGAUGGAUACUGAAGAGAAGCCUCUUAAUCCUCUUGAUUCAAGCCGUGGUGAUUCUGCCCCUUCAGAUCAGGCCGAAGAAAGAUCCUCCUCUGCUAUAACAGAAGAGACUUCUGCAAACGUUCAACAAUGGAGACGCAACAAUCUCUCCUUGCAGAUACCUUCUAGAGCAACCAAUCUUUCUCCUGAAGAUUCCCUUGUCAUCAAAAUGCCUCCAACGCCUAGUCCAACUCCAAGAAGAGUCAACUUCUCUUUGACUUCAAUCUCUCCAGGUCCUGCUCCUCCGAGGACUAAAUCUUCCCUGAAGAAUCUUAUCCCAAAAGUUGGCUUCAAACCAAAACUCUCCAACACCGAUGUGGAAAAGGGACAAGUGGAUGUUUUUUGUCAGGAGAAGGCUUCGAUAUCGAGGUCACUAUCACUUUCAAAGCUGUUCACGCCUAGGAUCAAGAGAACUUCGUCUCUACCUGUGACUCCCUUUGUUCUUUUAAACUCAGAGUCAGCUCGCGGAGGAAGCAGUGUUGCUCCUCAAACUCCAAGCAGCAAAGGGAGGGUGCAGAUAGCUCGCUCUCGCUCUGUUCCUGUUAACGACAAGGAAGCAAGCCUAAAGGGAAUGGACUCAUUCUUCAGAGUGAUCCCUUCAACUCCUCGUGUAAAGGAAGGAGGCGUUCUCUCAAAUGCAUCAGAGGCUGUUAAUACUGAAACAUGUGAAGCUGAUGGAGAAGACAUACCUGAGGAAGAAGCGGUUUGUAGGAUUUGUUUGGUGGAUCUCUGUGAAGGAGGAGAAACUUUAAAAAUGGAGUGUAGCUGCAAAGGAGAGCUUGCUCUUGCCCACAAAGACUGUGCUCUUAAAUGGUUCACAAUAAAGGGUAACAAGACCUGUGAGGUGUGUAAACAAGAAGUUAAGAACUUACCUGUGACACUCUUAAGGAUCCAAAGCAUUAGAAACUCUGGUGUUCCUCAGAUUGAUGUCACUGGUUACAGGGUUUGGCAGGAGGUCCCGGUUCUGGUAAUCAUCAGCAUGCUUGCUUACUUUUGUUUCCUGGAGCAGCUCUUGGUUGAGAAAAUGGGGACGGGUGCAAUUGCUAUAUCGUUGCCGUUUUCUUGUAUUCUUGGUCUUCUUGCAUCCAUGACUGCAUCAACCAUGGUAAUGAGAAGAUUUGUGUGGAUUUACGCAUCUGUACAGUUUGCUUUGGUGGUUCUCUUUGCCCAUGUAUUUUAUUCCGUGGUGGAGUUGCAACCGGUUCUGUCAGUUCUUCUGUCAACAUUUGCUGGAUUUGGUGUAUGCAUAUGCGGAAGUUCAGUGAUGGUUGAGUUUGUUAGAUGGAAAAGAAGGUGGCGAGCUAGAAGGCUGGAGCAGCAGCUGAACCAUGCUCAGACGCUGCCCCAAACGCUGGAUGCAACAACCUCUCAGCAUCAUCCAAAUGCCUCCUAGAGGCGGGAAGUGGAAAGAUGAUUUUACAUUUAUACAGUAGUGGUUGGUUAAUGUUAUGUUAUGAUUUGUAUAAAAGAAAAGUGAAAGUGAUGAAGCAAUGCUUAAGAUUGUCUUUGCUUUCUUUACUAUACACCAUUGUAUUUGUUGUAAGUUUGUAACUUUGAUUGCUCAAUCUCAGCAAAUGAAAUGUUUGUAGUAGUAUUGGUUGUAA